CCUUGCGCGUCGGAGUCGACCAAGUACACCUGGCAAGCCCAAUCUCCACCACCUCUGUCCUCUCCUUCUCGAGGGCCUCGAAGCACUACCUACUCUCGGACUCGGAGUCGGCUAGACAAUUUCCCAUCCACCAUGCGAUUCUCCGCAACGACCCUCCUGAUCACGGCGCUGGCGUGGUUCACCACGGUGACCGCACACAACAUCCAGCUCCGGUCUCACUCCCGAGAAUGCUUCCACGAGUCGCUGCACAAGGAUGACAAGAUGACUGUGUCAUUCCAGGUCGGUGACCGGGAGUUCGGCGGCAGUGGCAAUCUGGAGAUCGAUUUCUGGGUUGAGGACCCCCAGGGCCACCGUCAGUACUACAAGCACGCCAUCUCGUCGGAGGAUUACUCGUUCGACGCCCACGCGGACGGCAAAUACGUCUACUGCUUCAGCAACGAGGGAUGGGCCUCGAACUCCAAGGAAGUGUCUUUCAACGUCCACGGCAUUGUCUACGUCCCUGAAUCGGAAUUGGCGCAGGAUCCCUUGGAGGCCGAAGUCCGCAAACUCUCGGAGGCUCUGGCCCAGGUCAAGGAUGAGCAGUCGUACAUUGUUGUCAGAGAGCGGGUUCACCGGAACACUGCGGAGAGCACCAACGCGCGGGUCAAGUGGUGGAGUAUCUUCCAGCUGGCUGUGCUGAUCGGCGAGGGUGUUUUCCAGGUGUGGUGGCUGAAGAGAUUCUUUGAGGUCAAGCGUGUUGUCUAGACUGAUUACUUACGAGCGUGAUAUUAUCGGGGAUUUACCUUGGCAUUCUUAUAACUGAAUUAUGGAACCUUUUUUUUUUUUCCAUGAAUAAGAUCAUCUGGAUGAUACUUAGUCUGGAGAUACACCUAAAUAAACUAUCUGUAUACAACCACCACUACAAAAGUCGACCCAUAACCCAA